AAGGUGUUAAAGGAGUUCCACAGGGAUGCUGGCCCAUGUUGACUCUACAAGGUGUUAAAAGAGUUCCACAGGGAUGCUGGCCCAUGUUGACUCUACAAGGUGUUAAAGGAGUUCCACAGGGAUGCUGGCCCAUGUUGACUCUACAAGGUGUUAAAAGAGUUCCACAGGGAUGCUGGCCCAUGUUGACUCUACAAGGUGUUAAAAGAGUUCCACAGGGAUGCUGGCCCAUGUUGACUCUACAAGGUGUUAAAAGAGUUCCACAGGGAUGCUGGCCCAUGUUGACUCUACAAGGUGUUAAAGGAGUUCCACAGGGAUGCUGGCCCAUGUUGACUCUACAAGGUGUUGAAAGAGUUCCACAGGGAUGCUGGCCCAUGUUGACUCUACAAGGUGUUAAAGGAGUUCCACAGGGAUGCUGGCCCAUGUUGACUCUACAAGGUGUUGAAAGAGUUCCACAGGGAUGCUGGCCCAUGUUGACUCUACAAGGUGUUAAAAGAGUUCCACAGGGAUGCUGGCCCAUGUUGACUCUACAAGGUGUUAAAAGAGUUCCACAGGGAUGCUGGCCCAUGUUGACUCUACAAGGUGUUAAAGGAGUUCCACAGGGAUGCUGGCCCAUGUUGACUCUACAAGGUGUUAAAGGAGUUCCACAGGGAUGCUGGCCCAUGUUGACUCUACAAGGUGUUGAAAGAGUUCCACAGGGAUGCUGGCCCAUGUUGACUCUACAAGGUGUUAAAAGAGUUCCACAGGGAUGCUGGCCCAUGUUGACUCUACAAGGUGUUAAAAGAGUUCCACAGGGAUGCUGGCCCAUGUUGACUCUACAAGGUGUUAAAAGAGUUCCACAGGGAUGCUGGCCCAUGUUGACUCUACAAGGUGUUGAAAGAGUUCCACAGGGAUGCUGGCCCAUGUUGACUCUACAAGGUGUUGAAAGAGUUCCACAGGGAUGCUGGCCCAUGUUGACUCUACAAGGUGUUGAAAGAGUUCCACAGGGAUGCUGGCCCAUGUUGACUCUACAAGGUGUUAAAAGAGUUCCACAGGGAUGCUGGCCCAUGUUGACUCUACAAGGUGUUAAAAGAGUUCCACAGGGAUGCUGGCCCAUGUUUACUCUACAAGGUGUUGAAAGAGUUCCACAGGGAUGCUGGCCCAUGUUGACUCCAGGUUGGCUGGAUGUCCUCUGGGUGGUGGACCAUUCUUGAUACACACGGGAAACUGUUGAGCGGGGGAAAACCCAGCAGCGUUGCGAUUCUUGACACUCAAACCGGUGCACCUGGCACCUACUACCACUAACCCUGGCACAAAUACACAAUCCAUGUUUCAAUUAUCUCAAGGCUUAAACAUCCUUCUUUAAACCUGUCUCCUCCCCUUCAUCGACACUGAUUGAAAUGGAUUUAACAAGUGACAUCAAUAAGGGAUUAUAUCUUUCACCUGGAUUCACCUGGUCAGUCUAUCAUGGAAAGAGCAGGUGUUCGUAAUGUGUUGUACACAUUAAAUUGUAUGCAUUAAGGCUACACAGUAAUCACAGUAGAGAUACUAGCGCUGCCAUUGAAAGCCUUUCAGCAUUCCUACGCUCACUAUUCCAUCUAGUACAGCUACUGUUAGUCAUGGAGGUGGUGCUGUGGCUGCAAUGGAAACAACAUCAUUUGUGUUGAAGUUGGACUAGUAGUACAACAUCACACCUACCCAUGACAAGUCAUGCAUGUUAAUGUCCUCUCUC